AUGGAAUCCAAAAUUCAACUCUUUUUCCUCACCCUUUUUCUCCUCAUUCUCACCAUCCAUGCUGGAACUCUUGCUACUUACAUAGUUCAGUUACAUCCUCAUGGCACAACCAGUUCUUCCUUCACCUCCAAGCUGAAAUGGCACCUUUCAUUCAUACAGCAAACUGUUUCCUCUGAUGAGGACCCUUCUUCACGCCUCCUCUACUCUUACCAUUCAGCCAUGGAUGGUUUUGCAGCUCAGCUAACUGAGUCUGAGCUUGAGUACCUUAAAAACUUACCUGAUGUUAUCUCAGUUAGGCCUGAUAAACAGCUUCAGAUUCAGACCACUUAUUCUUACAAAUUCUUGGGACUCAACCCUACAAGAGAAAAUGGUUGGUAUCAAUCCGGAUUUGGCCAUGGAACCAUAAUUGGGGUGCUCGAUACUGGAGUGUGGCCAGAGAGUCCUAGCUUCAAUGAUCAUGGAAUGCCUCCAGUUCCCAAGAAAUGGAAGGGUAUAUGCCAAUCUGGCAAGGACUUUAACUCUUCCAAUUGUAAUAGAAAACUCAUUGGUGCAAGGUACUUUACCAAAGGCCAUCUAGCAGUGUCACCUACCAGAAUUAGAGAAUAUUUAUCUCCUAGAGACUCAUCUGGACAUGGCACACACACUUCAUCCACUGCUGGUGGAGUGCCGGUGCAGUCGGCUAGUGUGUUCGGCUAUGCGGCAGGCGUGGCGAGAGGAAUGGCUCCUGGUGCCCACAUUGCAGUGUACAAAGUCUGCUGGUUCAAUGGCUGCUAUAACUCUGACAUCAUGGCUGCAAUGGAUAUGGCAAUCAGAGAUGGUGUGGACAUUCUCUCAUUGUCUCUAGGUGGCUUUCCAGUGCCUCUAUAUGAUGAUAGUAUUGCCAUUGGAAGCUUUAGAGCAAUGGAGCAUGGGAUUUCAGUUGUUUGUGCAGCAGGAAAUAAUGGCCCAACAGAAAUGUCUGUUGCCAAUGAAGCUCCUUGGAUUGCCACUGUUGGUGCUAGCACACUAGACAGGAAAUUCCCAGCUAUAGUGCACAUGGGAAAUGGGCAAGUUCUCUAUGGAGAAUCCAUGUACCCAUUGACCCAUCCAAUGAACAAUGGCAAAGAGCUUGAGGUGGUUUAUGUGGCUGAUGUGGACACUGAGAGUCAAUUUUGCCUCAGAGGGUCUCUUCCAAGGGACAAGGUUAAGGGUAAAAUGGUGGUCUGUGACAGAGGUGUCAAUGGAAGAGCAGAAAAGGGUCAGGUGGUGAAGGAAGCAGGUGGUGUUGCUAUGAUAUUGGCGAACACAGAGAUAAACUUGGAAGAGGAUUCAGUUGAUGUUCAUGUCUUGCCUGCAACCUUGGUAGGAUUUGAUGAAUCAGUCACCUUGAAAGCUUAUAUAAACUCCACAAGUAGGCCUCUUGCUAGAAUUGAAUUUGGAGGAACUGUGAUAGGGAAGUCUAGAGCCCCAGCAGUGGCAAGAUUUUCAGCCAGAGGACCAAGUUUUACAAUCCCUUCAAUCCUCAAACCAGAUGUUAUAGCUCCAGGAGUCAACAUCAUUGCUGCAUGGCCUCAGAAUCUUGGUCCUACAGGCCUUCCAGAGGAUUCUAGGCGUGUCAACUUCUCUGUUAUGUCUGGUACCUCAAUGGCAUGCCCUCAUGUUAGUGGAAUUGCUGCUCUCAUUCGUUCAGCUCACCCAAAAUGGUCCCCUGCAGCCAUCAAAUCUGCAAUCAUGACAACAUCCGAGGUAACUGACCACACAGGAAGACCAAUUCUUGAUGAAGAUAAACCAGCUGGAGUUUUUGCAAUGGGAUCUGGACAUGUGAAUCCACCAAGAGCAUUGAAUCCAGGACUUGUAUAUGACAUCAGGCCAAAUGAUUAUAUCACGCACCUUUGCAGCCUUGGAUAUACAAAGUCAGAAAUAUUCAUCAUAACACAUAGAAAUGUGAGUUGCAAUGCAAUCAUGCAGAUGAAUAGAGGCUUUAGCCUUAACUAUCCCUCAUUCUCAGUGAUUUUUAAGGAUGGAAUGAGGAGAAAGAUGUUCAGCAGGAGGGUAACAAAUGUGGGAAGUCCUAACUCCAUCUACUCGGUGGAGGUUAUAGCACCUGAAGGAGUAAAAGUGAUAGUGAAACCCAAGAGGUUGGUUUUUACACAAGUAAAUCAAAGCUUGAGUUAUAGGGUAUGGUUUAUAUCAAGAAAAAAGGCUAAAAAGGGAGAUUUCACGAGCUUUGCUGAAGGGCAUUUGGCAUGGGUACACUCACAAAACGGUUCUUACAGGGUUAGAAGCCCAAUAGCAGUGACUUGGAACUCUAAGUAG